AUGUCGACAGUCAAACUUUAUUAUUAUCCUGCAAGUGGUGCAGCAAGAAUAGCGCUCUUAGCAGCACGAUUAAUUGGAGUCCCAGUUCAAUUAGAAAUAGUGGAUUUGACCAAAAAAGAACAAUACAGUGAAAGUUAUAUGAAAAUAAACCCACAGCAUUGUAUUCCAACCCUUGAUGAUGAUGGUUUCAUACUUUGGGAGAGUCGAGCAAUAGCAUGUUAUUUGGCUGAAAAAUAUGGCAAAGAUGACUCAAUUUAUCCUAAGGAUAUCAAACAACGUGCCAUAGUUAAUCAGCGCUUGUAUUUUGAUAGUUCUAACUUAACUGUAAAAAUGAAAUCUAUUUAUUAUCCAAUAAUAUAUAAUGGUGUGACAGAAAUUAAAGAAAACUUAAAAGAAGACUUCAAUGCAUCAUUGGCCAUCCUAGACAAGUUUUUAGAGGGCAAUAAUUGGGUGGCUGGUGACAGUGUAACAAUUGCAGAUACAACUAUCUUUGCUUCAUUAUCAGGAAUAUUGGCAUUUGGUUGGGACAUAUCAUCUUUUCCAAAUAUCCAGUCUUGGCUAAAAAACUGUGCUAACUUACCUGGUUAUGAGGAGAAUAGAAAAGGAGCUGAAAUGUUUGCAGAAGCAGUCAAGAGAAACCUUAAACAAUGA